AUGCCAGAACUUGAAGUAAAUUUUCUUCUUUUUGAUCUAGACGGUACUUUGGUAAACUCGACGCCGGCCGUCGAAAAGACCUGGUCCGAUACUGUCACAGUGCACAAUGAAAAAUAUCCCGAAAGUCAGAUAGAUUUGGACGAAUUCUUGCACCAAACACACGGGUCUCGAACUGUUGAAACUUUUCGAAAAUGGUUUCCUUAUCGUCCGGCCGAACAAAGUGACAUCGCCAUGUUUGAGCAAGGUAUUGUGACUAAUUAUGGGUCUUGGGCGAAAGAAGUGGAUGGAGCAUCUCGACUUUUGACCAGUCUCACUGAAGAAUUCCAUGACAAUUGGGCAAUUGUAACAUCUGGCACCACCGCAUUGGCAACUGGCUGGAUCAAGACGUUGUUUGGGGAGGAGUAUCAGCCCUCAGUGUUCAUUACAGCUGACUUGGUCGGGAAGGGGAAGCCAGACCCUGAAGGGUAUAGAAAGGCUUUCGAAUUAUUGAGGCUACAGAGCAAAUUCGGUGAGGACGCGACUGCAGUUGUUUUCGAAGAUGCUCCAACCGGCAUUGCGGCGGGAGUGGCAGCCGGGUUUCCUGUCAUUGGAUUGGCAACUACAUUCCUGAAAGAGAAAUUGUUGGCAGCAGGAGCAUCAUACGUCAUAGAGGAUCUCACUGGUAUCAAGUUGUCUAGGGUGAACGACCGCGUUCUUAUAUCUUUCUAA